CCUCCUACUCGGCGACGAUCUCUCUCUCAUCCGCCCCCUCUUGAAUCCUCAGAGCACCUCUAUCUGAAAUCCAGGGCUCAUAUGUCGAUGACGGCGCGGAACUAUCUGGCCUGCAUGAACUGCCGGAGGCGACGCGUCAAGUGCGUGAACGACGGGGACUGGGAACGAUCCUGCGAGAACUGUGUCCGGCGCCACGAGGGAUGUGUCUAUAAGACGAUAAGAGAGCAGGAGGAAGAGGAGGGCCGCGCCAAUCAGUCUAUCUACCCGACCAAUUCGCUGCAGCAGCAGUACUGGACGAACGGCGCGCAGCCGAUCGUGCUCACGGGUUCGCAAUACCCUGCGCAGCGGCCCUCUCAUUCAAACCCGACUCAGCCGGAUCCUCGAUGGUCGGGAGCCAUCCCGCAGCACCCCAUCGGCGCCCCAACGAGCUACCCGUGGUCCCCAGAACCGUCGAUAUACCCGCCGCCAACGCAGUGGCCCGGCCAUCCCACGCUUGUCCCGACGCCAGAUUACGCAGCACCGAUCCCGGGCGUCCGCUGCAUCUGCCCGAUGAAUAUGCUUUGCUACUGUGGUGCAAGAACAUACAGAAGCUGAAACACAGCCAAUUGAACCACCCCCCAUCCCCCAUGUUGUCUAUUUUUGUCUCUUUCCAGUGCUCUCGGAUUGUCAUUUUUCAUCCAAUUAUCAUAUCAGGAACCUAAUUACCGCAUAUUGUAUAUUAGCUAUGUAUCGCAGAGUCCUGUUUAAAUUCUUUUGAGUAAAUUCCUUCCGCGUAUUCUUUCUUACACAACAAGAAUCUGAACAUUGAGCAAAUGUGAUCGUCCUGCAUCAAACGCGACAGUCACAUCAGUGACCCGCCGACUUCUUUUUCCCGCCAUGCCGGCAGACCUAUCCCAGCUGGCCCUCUCCCCAGCCGACCUGGACGAGCUCCGGCGGCUGGUCUCGCUUGGCAAGUCCAUGCAGCCCGACAUCGCGUGCGCGGCCCGGCAACGCGGGACGACAGGCACCCUCUCCGAACGCGUCGCCGCGCGGUGUGAGUUUGCGCACAUGGGAAUCAAGCUCCAAUCGGUGACCGGCUCGCCGCUCCUGGCGCCCGGGAUCUCCAAGGCACAAACACCGCCCGCAGUCGGGGGCAUGAUGCAUGCUUUGGCGCAGCUCGGGAAGAUCGUGGAGGUGGACUAUGGCAGGGAGCCUGGGAGUGCUGAUUUCGCGAUGCUCACGAAGCAUCUCAAACGCGUCCGCCAUCUGCUCCGCGUCUACUACGAUUUUCGCGUCGCCCGGCGCCAGCACGCCGAUCUCGUCUACUGCGACUGGGGCGCCAUGUCCGACGUCGGUAUCACCCUCCACCGCCUCGGCCUGCUCCUCCAGCUCGAUCCCCCGCGUCUCCGUGCCGCUAUGGCUCGUGGGGGCCCGCAGCUUGAGCAGCUCCUGUUAGAGGACGACAUGGACAUCGGCUCGUUCCGCAAGAUGGCGGUCGCAAUUCGGCAGCGCGUCGAUGCCGAUGUGGAGGCGGAGGACUCGGAUAGGGAGAUCGCCGGGGAGCUAGAGGACAAGGCCGAUGGCGAUCUCGCGGCCCAUGUGCUCUCGUGGUUCUACGGUGAUGUCACGGUCGGAUUCAUCAUCAUGGGCGGGACAAGCGGAGACGCCGCUGAGAAACGCUGGGCUUCCAAGGCUAUGAAGCGGCUUGUGCUGUGGUCAACCCAUCCAACCUAUCGAGCGACGCUGGGGGACGCAUUGACGGAUGCGAUGAGACCAAUCUACUGGAGCAAGCCGUUAUUGACAGAGUUCGGUCAGGCCGGUGGAUUGGCGGCCCUCUUUGGGGACUGGAUCAACAGUUCCUGCGCAUCCGUGUGCGAGGAAGCGCUCAAAACACUGCCUUCUGAGGCUUGGGAGAAUCAGAAACCUGCGUCUCUCCUCGCCAUCACUCGAGAAAUGCAAGGGAAGAUCAGUCACGAAACAACAGACAUUGCGUGCUCUGUCAUUUUCAUCAACGCCUGUCUCAACAUGUACAGCCUAUAUGGUCUGGCGCCGUUCGUCCAAGCAUCAAAAAAAGAAACGGACGACGACCCUGUUCUUUUCUACUACAUCCAGCACGUGAUCAAGCGGGAUAAACUUCCAAUGGAGACAGCCGCCGAAUGGGAGAAGCUGUUGAGAUCGUACGCGGAAAUGCCUCGCACAAUGGAGAAGCGGUACCAGUGGGCGAACUACUCCGUCGGCGCCAAAUGGGACUGCAUCGAAUUUUUCGGCUGUGAGGCCGAUGGGUGCCCAGAGCAACAGGCGCUCUUUGCGCUCAGAGAUGAGAGGGUUCGCGGUGUGCGCGAUGCACAGAUCGAGGAGCGUUUAGAGAAAUGGGGGACCAAGCCGAGGUCUUGCGCGGCCUGCGAGAGCGUGUCGUACUGCAGCCCAGCAUGCCAGAAAGCACAUUGGCCAACUCACAAACCUCAGUGUUUGAAGUUCCGCCGCAGAACGUAGACGGGCAUCUGUGGUCUGCGCGGAUUAGGAUAGAAACUUAGUUAUAUUUCUUUUUAGAAACAUUUGCAAGUACUGUAUCUUGACGGGAUCUUUUAAACAACCGGACACUGAGGUGAGAUACUCGAGCACUGAAAGCGUGUGGGGAAAUCAUAAUCCUGACGAUUGAUUUCAGGUCCGAAUCGGCCCGACCGAUGGGCUGUCUGCGCGCACUCGCGGCCCGGGCUUCCGAGUUCCAAGAUUUGCAUGCUCAAACUUGAGUCCAGGAGUCCUCGAGACGAAUUUCCAUUCUGUCAUAUAAAUUCGAUGGAGUGAUAUCCCUGGACACCCUCCAAGCUCAGGAAAUCCUACACGAACGAUUCCUUUAGUAUUUUCAUACAAGUCUCUGGGUUUUCGAACUUCCAUAGUCGCCAGGCAGCCGGCGCUGUUCAUCCUAUCAAGUCAUCCAAAAAGUCCUCCAUCUCAUCCAUUUCGCUUUUAACAGGAGGCAACGAUCCGUCUGGGAGCGGUAGUGGUGGGGCGAUCAUAGGCUGUAUCACGGCUUUCUUUAGUGGUACAACAGGUGCUCGACGCAGUUUAUCUGAUUUGGCCCGGAAUCUGGAUUUAAGCUCUGUGAAUUUGUCAAUGGGAUUUGGUCAAGAAAGAAGAUGGAGACCGGAUCGACGUCGUACCUCGUAGUGCGUCCGCAGCCUGCUUCUCUUCGGACAGAACCUGUAACGAGUCGUCCCACACGAUUUCCUGAGCCUUGCCUUUCCAAUUUGGCAGGAAAUUUGUGCUGCGAGCGGGCAUGGAGGAUAUGUGGUCCAGAGAGUGAUCUACGUCAUCCUCGUCGUCUUCAUGCUGCCGAUCCGAAGACCCUAGGGUGGGUGCCCGCGGGUCUUCAAGUCGCUGCCGCUCCAAAAACGAUGACAGAUCGACUUCAGGCUCGACGAUCGGCUCGCCUGGUACAAGGAUGAGCUGGUUUAGCACCAAGAACAGGAGUGCGCCCCACCGUCCGAGUCCAGCUCGGGUUCCUCCUCCUUAUACCGAUCCGCAUUCGUCCCGAGUCCUCUCCGCCCGUACUUCCUCCUCAGCUCCGCCUCCCGCUCCUCUCUCUCCCUCCGCGCAUCCUCAUCCUCUUCACAGUCCGCCGUUGCGUACCGUGCACUGGGGCCCACUUCACCUUCGAGGAGCAGCCGGGGCGCGAAUUCGGCCGCACGGCCGCCUCCGCCACGCCCACGGCCCCGCGCUCGCAGGUAUUUGCCGAGCCCGCCUCUGGAUUUGCCGCGGCCUCUUCCUCGAGGUGCACCGGAGGUUUGCGAAACUGAAUCUGCCAUGUGCGAUGACGGACUCGGAGAAGAAGGAUGUGACAUCACGCGUCACUUGCAUCUUCUCUUCGGACUACAGCUGGCUCUGACGAUCAGCGCUGUAUUAUUAUAGGCAUAUGGACAAGUUGCGGAGACGAUUCAUGGCGCAAGUGAUACUGAUAUAUAUCUACUCGCUCUUGAACGAUUGUCCGAGAGAGGAGACCUUGUCUCACUUUUCUUCCGCGCUCGAUAUAAACAUGGCCAAGGGAACAUCUCCUGACGCUAAACGGUCUUGUUCUCUCCCGCUAUCCUAUCUGCGUCGUGCUCUUAUCUCUGCUUCGAUAUCCUAUCGCUUUCUUACAUGCCGUCUUCAUCAUCCCGAUCGUCUGUGACGGCCUCAUCGACGCUCCCAGACCUCACCGGCGAGACAGUGGAAAACGGACGACUCCUUCUCCUCAGCCUCCUGGGAUCGGGUGCUUACGGCAAGGUCUACAAAGCGCUCGAUACAUCCUCACCGACGAACGCACCGGCGUAUUACGCAGUCAAGUGCAUGCCGCAGUACGAGCCGGACUCGCGGGGCCAGAAGAUGGUCGCGAACGAGCUGCAUUUGCACCGCAUCGGCGCGAUGCACCCGAGAAUCAUCGCCUUUCACAGGGUCUUCACCAUGGUCGAACCCGCGCCCCUGGUGUUCGUCGUCCUUGACUUUUGUGACGGGGGCGACUUCUUCACCGCCAUGGUCGAUCGGGGGCUGUAUUCCGGCAAACCGCACAUCAUCAAGGUCGUAUUUGGGCAAAUCCUGGACGGGGUGGAGUUUCUGCAUCGGAUGGGCAUCUACCAUCGGGAUUUGAAACCGGAGAAUAUUCUGUGUGGAGAUUCAGAAACGGGGCUGGAUAUUCGGCUGGCGGACUUUGGGCUGUCGACGCAGAAAAGUGUCUCGUUCCAAUUCGGAUGCGGGAGCCGGUUUUAUAUGAGUCCUGAGUCCAUCAACGGUUCCCGCAAUCUAGGUUACUCGCCCCGAGACAGUGACAUGUGGGCCCUCUCUGUCGUUUUCACCAACCUUAUCACUGGUCGCCAUCCCUGGUUCAGCGCGGAAGAUACUGAUGCUGGUUACACUGCCUAUCGUCUGGAUAAUACCUAUCUCCUGCGCGCGCUGAAAAUUUCACAUUCGGCGUUCGACCUACUCCGCAGUUGCUUUCACGAGGAUCCGCGUCAGCGGCCGGACAUUCCCGCACUCCGGAAAGCCGUGGUCGAAAUGGACUAUUUCACGAUGGAGGAUGAGUGUAGCGGAAGAACUUCCAAGAUUCCUGUCUUGGGUCAUACGAUGGUGGAUGCCAACCCGCUGGGAUCCGCUGGUCUCGAAUCGGCGUGCGACGAGACGACACCACGACAGGCCGACGCCAGCCGCCUCCACGCGCCAUCCGAGCUCAGUCCUGUUCUCAGCAGUCGUUGUGAGUCGAUGAUCAACGGAUUGUCGUCCAUGAUACUUUCGUCCACCACUUCCCACUCGUCCUUGCGGUCGUCUGAGAAUGCCGCAUCAGACUCGAGCCUGCCGACAACACCCACAUCGAGUGUCGAAUCGAGCUCCUCCUCCGACGUCCUCGCUCAGCGACCCUCGCUCAAGCUCGACAUACAUGCACCGCUUGCCCUCCCACCCCGCGCCGUCCUGAAAGGCGUACCGUCCCGGCCUCUGCCUGCUCCACCAUUCGGAGAGGUCCAGCGAUUGCUCAUGCGUCCGCGGCCGUUGCCUUUGCCGCCCUUCUCAGCGACGAACGGGCUUACGCGAUCUGUCUUGUGCAGCUUCGCGGUUAUUCGGCCGGGCGAGAAACGGUCGAAACGAUAGAUCUGAACAAGAAGCUUGUAAAUGAUACGAACUCUGUGCAUUCGUAUGUAUUGAUACUAAAGCUCACACGAGUGAAUUCGGGAUACCAGAUUCAACAGCAGCGUCUGCACCACAUGCUCUAAGUCGACUUUUAUGCAACAAGGGCGACAGGCGCCAGGCACUUUAUCGUGAGGCAACUACAAACAGCUAAUCUGCAAGCGACAGUAAGCCCAUAAGAUUCCCUGCGGAACUGGGGAAUGGCUCAGAACGUCAAGUCGAUAGCAGUGUGGAAGAGCCCAGUCUGUUCGACAGAUGUGCGCCGAACAGUGUAAAAAAG